AUGUCGGAAACAAUGACAUCCUCACACAUCUAUACGCGAGAACGGCGCGAUCGCUACCACGAAGCAGACGUCGUCGUCGUCGGUGCCGGCAUCUUUGGCUGCGCUGCCGCCUACGCGCUCGCCGACCAAGGCCGUUCUGUGCUUCUGCUCGAGCGGUGGAUGCACGAGCCUGAUCGAAUUGUGGGCGAACUCCUACAGCCUGGUGGCCUGGCGGCGCUGAAGAAGCUGGGCCUAGGCCACUGCGUUGAAGGCAUUGACGCAAUCCCCUGCUACGGCUACAACGUCAUCUACCACGGAGAGCCAUGCGAGAUUCCGUACCCCAGACUCAACGAACAGGGCGAAGUCACACAUGCCUGGAGCGGAAGAGGGACGGAGGGAGAGAAGCAGCAAGGAUGCGGAUUCCACCACGGCAAAUUCAUCUCACAGCUGCGAAAGGCCUGCCUGGGACACAAGAACAUCACAGUGGUCGAGACCGAGGUUGUCAAGACGAUCCGGGGCGAGUUCGAAGACCAGAUCCUGGGCGUAGAAUCGCGCACCACGGCGCUGUACUCGCUCUUCGCCGCAAACGACCGCCAGCUGCGCGCCCUGCAGAUGGGCUGCUUCGAGUACUUCCGCCGCGGCUGGACCGAUGGCCCGGCCGGCCUCCUCGGCGGCAUCAUCCAGCGGCCCCUGGUGCUGGCGUACCACUUCUUCUACGUCGCCUUUGUGGCCAUCUGGAUGAACGCGUGCAACGUCAUUGGCGGGCCGCUGGGCUUCUGGAAGCUGCCACUGGCGAUACUGGACGCCGUACUCAUCCUGUGGAAGGCAUGUAUUGUCUUUUUGCCCGUCAUUUGGCGUGAAGGAUUUCAGUAA